AUGACAUUGCACUAUUCGAAAUCGUUAAAAGCGAUUCGGUCUCGUACUGAAUAUAUCUACGAUAGUGCACGUCGAAAAUUAACCAAAUCGUUUCGAUCGAGAAAGAAACAAAGCCAACAAGAAUCAUGCAUCGCACUCGAAGAUUAUGAAGCGCAUGAACCCGGCCAGUUGACAGUUAAUAAAGGACAACGGUUGCAGAUAAUCGAAUUCUACGUGGAUGCACCGGAAUGGGCUUUAGUAUCGUUGACGACAGAGUCAGGUGAACAACGUCAAGGCGUUGUACCAUUUUCGAUAUUGUCCAAUGAGAUUAGUGUUGUCGGCAAGAAUUCAUUUCGUCGUCGAAUAGCAGCAAAUACCACGCCUCUUGAGACCCUUUAG